CUCCCUGCUUGUGCUACCACGGCUGUGUCGCUGUCCCUGCAAGAGGCCAUACACAAGAUCAAGCGGAAGUCUGUUGGCAGCACUCUCCGGCCACCGGAUUGGACAACACAAUCGUCUUUCUUCCUCUUUGUCAUGGCUGGAGAGGAAGACGACUACAUGGGAGACUUAUCCCACUUUCUUCCUCCGGAGACCUCAGACUCUUCCCGAACCAAGAAGGUAACGAAUGAAAAGAGAAAAGCGAUGCCCUCGAAGCCGACCCAACGGAACCUCAGUUGGCAACAGAAGCGGAAGAUAAGCAGGGAGCAGCAGCAGAGGGAAGAGGACGAGAAAACCCUAUCUCUCGCCCAAACGGCAUUGGAACCGUCCAACAUCGGCUUCCGGAUGCUCCAGCAGAUGGGCUACAAGCCCGGUUCGGCACUCGGCAAGCAAGGCCAGGGCCAGGUCGAACCGGUGGGGCUCGAGAUCCGUCGCUCGCGCACAGGCAUCGGAGCUCUGACUCCUGCCGAAGCUCGUGCAAGCCGGGAGCGCGCCAGGAAGGAUAGACUGAGGGGGACGGAAGAAGGGUUAGCGUCUGAGUUCGGCAGCCGGCAGAAGAGCGCUUGGAGGGUCCGGAAGGUCACGGCGGAUUACAAGAAGGCAGAGGCAGCGUUGGCGCAAUUGGAGAACGCCGAAGUUGUAGCACCUCCACCGCCGGAGGAUGAUAGUGAGGAAGGCAAAGGCGAGGAGGUGAUCACAGAGGAGGACUUGCAGGAGCUACUGUCGAAGCUGAGAGACGAGCAUUUUUACUGUCUUUACUGUGGAUGUCAGUAUGAGUCCAUGGAAGCACUUCUGUCAAACUGCCCAGGAGAUGAAGAUGACCACUGAUCCUCAACGCGGCGAAGUUUGCAACCCCGUUCAAGUAAUGUUCAACUGAAUUUCCAAAUCUCUAACUGGUUUUGUUAGAGAGGAAAAACUUGUCUCAAGCACCAGCAAAUGAUAGUGCAAGUGUUGUGCCGUGUAAAGCAGGAGGGACAAUAUUUAUUGCUUUUACUGGUCCGGUAGAAUAUCGAAUUAAAACCAAUUUGGGUUUGAUGUGAAGUUCAUUGUGGCAUUUUUGAUGUGUUUGAAGGUAA